UGUAUCCAAAAUGGUGGCUUCUGCUAAACGCGGAGAAAUUUUGUUGUACCUUUAAGAACUAAAAAAACACGCAUUUUGCUUGUUAAAUAUAGUGAAAUUGUAGUGAAAAACAUUGAUGUGCAUGCGUUGCUGGGAUACGUGUGUGAAAGUGUUGACAAAACGGCGCUGAAAGCCUAGAAAAAUAUAUUAAAAACUCUUCGGAAAGGCAAUUGCAAUAAAAAACGCAAAGCAAGCAAAGUGCGUGUGUAUGAGUGUAAGUGGUGAGAGUGUGUGUUGUGCAUGUGUAUUGUAAGCGAAAAGUGUAUGCAAAAAAGAAGAAGACAAAACAGAAGAGCAUUAAAAAAACAGUAUUGUUGGAUUUGUUACCGCCACUGACGAGUUUUUUUUUUACAUCUACACACGAACAACAACAACACCAACAGGAGGAGAAAUAACAGUAGCAGUAACAACAAAUACAACAACGAAACAGGCGACGACAAAAUUUACAAGUUUCUCUAAAAAAAAAUCUGCGCUCGUGCAAAUUAACCAAAAUAUACAAUUCCGGCGGCUCAGCUACCUCCUUCCUUCUCUAGAAGACGUCUCUGCUGGAGCAACAGUGCUGACAACAACAACGAACAAUAGUUUGUAUUGCCUUCUCGCUCGCGCAAUUGGGAGCCACAGCCACCCGGUUUCGAGUUGCUCGCUGGGAAGCAGGCAAGGUCCAAAAAACGCACACGCACUUCAAAAACAUAUUUAGACUGGAUUCAUGUUGAAUUUUCAUAUCGUAGCGGGCAUAAAAAGGCUUAACACUGGACCGGAAGCGUGUUUUUAAAGGGUGAUGGCGGCCUCCACUCAAGGAGAAAUACGAGUGGGUCCCGGCCACCAGGUAAACGAUGUCUAUGCAAAACUGCCCGAUUAUAAUCCAAUCUCAAGCUUCCCCGUCGACAAGGAAACUGACGAACGUGAAUUAGAGGAAACAAGAUGGAGUCCUGGUGUUGUGGCCGAUGGCGAUUUGUUAAUGUUUUUGCGUGCGGCGCGAUCUAUGGCUGCAUUUCAAGGAAUGUGUGAUGGCGGUUUAGAAGACGGUUGUUUGGCUGCCAGUCGCGACGAUACAACAAUUAACGCACUAGACGUGCUCCACGAUUCUGGUUACGAUCCAGGCAAAGCUCUACAAGCACUCGUUAAGUGCCCCGUUUCAAAGGGCAUCGAUAAAAAGUGGACCGAGGACGAAACGAAAAAGUUCAUCAAAGGUCUGCGACAAUUUGGCAAGAAUUUCUUUAGAAUCCACAAGGAUCUAUUGCCGCACAAGGAUACACCCGAGCUGGUCGAGUUCUACUAUUUGUGGAAAAAGACUCCGGGCGCGAAUAAUAAUCGUCCGCAUCGGCGACGCCGGCAGAGCACGUUGCGCCGCAAUCGUGUCACGCGCGCGAAUAACAGUACACCAGCCUCCAAAAAGGAGGAUACACCGGAACCACAAGCUGCGACGACGGCGACGACGGCGGCGUCGUCGGCUGCAGAGACGGCGAAUCGCUCAUCGCCCGCUGCCUCCAAGGAGGAGAACAGCUCCCUCACUGAGGACGACGCCAGCGAGUGCGACAGUGAUUCGAGUCUGACCAACAAAAGGGAUGAAUCACCCUCUAGGAUGAGGACCCGCAACAAACAACAGAAUAACAACAACAACGCCAGUGGAGCUGGAGGCGUUAGCGUUGGCGCCACAGCCGCUGGUGCUGGUGGCAACACAACCACAGGCACGGCCAGUGGAGGCAAGGAUCAGAGCACGGCCGGCGGUAAUGCCGUGGCCAAUGGCAAGCGUCCCAAGCGUGGCUCCGAAACGCCAGACGCUGGCAUAACCGGGGAUAGUCCCAAAACGCCUACCAAGGCUGUAGCAGAGGGUGGCGCGGCAGGCAAUAAGCGCAAGGGCGGCAAACAGGAUACACCAAACAAGAAGAAGCGCACCGGUGAGCCGGAGCCCAGCCAGGAGUCUCAUGCUUCCGCCGGUGCCGCCACUGCACUUAACAACAGCGAGGAUAACAACAGCGGCGUCUUGAAGGAUAAACAACGCAAGCGUCCUGAUAGCCCCUCAGCUGAGAGCAUGAACUCGGAUAGUCGUCCUGAUUCGGUGCUAGAUGAUGGCGAAUCCAACACUACGGAUACGGAUGUGCGCACGUCCACGUCGGAGCACCAGGCAGCGAGCAAGGACAGCAAAGAUUUGCUCAACUGCAAGGAGGAGAGCAACGUGCCCGAUGCGGACUCCAAGACCGACCUGCCGGAGGCCAUCAAGUCUAUAAAGGCUGAAACUCUUACCGAGGACAGCAAAGAGGCCAUCAAGAACAUGGACGAGGAGACAAAUAUACAAGCGCCCAGCAGCCAGAUCCAGUUGGACAGUGGACUGCUCAAGGAGCAACAAACCGAGAUGGCAGCAUUGCCUAUAAAGGUGCCACCUACCAUAGCCACUGUGGAGGCGCUUAAUGCUUCCGUUGAUCGCAAAGAGGGCGUGGAAAAGAUGGAGCUUGGUGAAAAUGAUGGAGUUGCUCGGGAUCCAGAGUUGCUCAAGAAGCUGGCAAGCAUAAAGCAGGAAAUGUUGCCACAGCAGCAGCAGCAGCAGCAACAACAAGCUGGCCAAACGCCUGUGUCCGCCGCAUCGGAUGCUGUCUAUAUCAAAAAGGAGCCCAUGGAGGACUCCAUGGAUGCCACCUGCAAUCAAAACAGCAACGAGCCACAGGAUCUCAAAGUUAAAAUCGAAAUCAAAAACGAGGAUCUCAAGCUCAACACCAGCGGCGCCUUGCCGACAGCGUUAAAUGUUCCGCUCACAGCGCCGCCACCUGCCUCGUUGCAUCAUAGUCAAGUCGAGGGCGUGGAACCACUGCAAUUACAACACGGACAACAGCCACCGCCACCACCCGCUGGCUAUCUUAUCGAGGGCGGUCAGCUGAAGUAUGCGCCGCCAGUCUCUGGUGCAGCAGUUCCACCACCACCCACGCAGCCGCCACCACAGCUGCAUAGCGAUACCACUGGAAAUAUGGCGCAGAAGUACGCCACCGAGCUGGAGCUCAAGUAUGGCGAGGGUGCGGUCAAGUUUGAACCCGGCUCUGGCAAGUUUCAGCCACAGGAGCUUAAGUAUCCGCUGCCGCCACCGCUGGAUGCGCUCAAGUAUAGCCAGGACAUGCAGGCAGCGGCCGCUGCUGCUGCUGCUGCUGCCGCUGCCGCGGCUGCUGGCAAAUACGAUAUGAAGUACAUGCUGGAGCAGCAGAGCAAGUACAGCGGCGUCGAACUGGGACCACCUGGCAAGCCAGGCUAUCAAGAUGCGCUGAAGAUACCCGAUGUGAAGCCGGGCUUUGCGCAUAUGCCGCAUCUGGAUCCAUCCAAAUAUGCUCCGCUACCAGGCGCAACUGGAGCAGGUGCAGCAGGGGGUCCGCUGGAGCAGCAACAACAAGUCCCGCCGGGGGCUACGCCACCACCUGGCAUAGCUAUGCCCAAGCCGCAUUAUCAGCAUGAAGUGCAAACGCCGCCAUUGGGACGACCUUUUGAGCCCGCCGGACUCAUGCUCAAGUAUGGUGAGCCGCUGGGUGCUAAAUAUGGUGCUCCACAGGAUCUAAAGUAUCCCAUGCCGCCGGUCUCCGCUGGCAGCGCAACUGGCGAGAAUCUAAUCAAGUCCUCGCCUUAUGGACCGCCGCCCGAGAGUCCCAUAGAUGCGUCUGCCCGCUCCACGCCAGGACAGGAUAGCCAGGGUAGUAAUAGCAACAGUAACUCACAGCCGCCGGCGCCUCCGCAAGCAUCGGCCGUGCAGCCCCAGCAGUUCCAAUCCCCACACCCCUCACCACACAUGCCCUCACCUGCCGGCGGUGGUCUACCACCUGGCAUGCAUCCGCAAAAUCUCAUGACGCCGCAUGGGGGUGCGCCUCCCGUCUCCGUGCCCAGCUCAUUGCAUCAGCCAAUCUGCAGCACGGCGUCCGGAUUACAGCAUGGUCUGCCACCAGGAGCGCAGAUUUCGGUGGCCAAUUCGUUGUCAGGGCCCAGCACGCUAUCCACUAUGGCGCCAUCACAUUCGAUGCAUCCGCAUAUGCAUCCACAUGCGCAGCACGCUGCCCACUUGCAAUCCCUGCAAACUCUGCAUCGGCCCCACCCGGAACUGCCACCAGGCAUGCACCCACAUGCGCCCAUGCCCAUGUCACUGCAAGCACCUGGCGGACCACCACCGCCACCGCACAGUCACGCAUCGCAUAUGCAGCCGGGUGGCCAGCCUGCAUCAAUAAGCUCCACAGUGCGUACGCCAUCGCCGGCGCAGCAGCAACAGCAACAGCCGCCACGCAGCCUGCAUGAGUCGCUGCCGCCCACAUCACGAGAGCCGCCCAGCUCGCAUACUACGACUGCGCCGAGUAGCAGUGGACCUGGCCAGUCCCACGGUCCGGGCAUGCAUCGCACCUCGCCGCUGCCGGGUCUGGCGCAUCCCGGCGGACUAAUUGGUCACCCCAUGCCUAUACAUCCGCAUUUGGCGCAUUUGCCGCCUGGACAUCCGGCACAUGCAGCGCUGGCGCAUCCCGGACACCAUCUGCUUUCACACUCCAUAGCUGGCUUGAGUCAUGGUGGCGGGCCCAUAGCGCUUCUCGCAGGACCCGGUGGACUGGGUGGUAUGCCAGAGUCUGCAUUAAGUCGGCGUACGCCACCCAGUCAUCUAUCGCAUCCACAUGUGUCAUCAGGUGGACCAACAACGCCACAUUCGGUAGUCAGCUCCAGCAGCACACCGGCCACGCCCACCUCGGUGCCAUCGUCUGCCUUCAGUCGUGCCAGUCCCAGCGUGCAGAUAACAAAUGCUGCUCCACCGCCAGCUGGCCCUGGUGGGGUCAACAGUAGCAGUUCCACGCCCAAUAGUUCUGCCGCUGCUGCUGCAGCUGCUGCGGCUGCUGCACAUCGAGCCGCCUCACCUGCGUCCAGCGUGGGCAGCCUCAGUCGACAGAGUCCGCUGCAUCCGGUUCCACAAUCGCCUCUCAGCCAUCAUCCUUCCUCUUCCGCCUUGUCCGCUGCUGCCGCUGCCGUUGCCGAGCGGGAUCGUCAUGCGCUGCUGCGCCAGCAAUCGCCGCACAUGACGCCGCCGCCUGUUUCCAGCGCCUCCGGAUUGAUGGCCAGUCCAUUGAGCAAGAUGUAUGCGCCGCAGCCUGGACAACGAGGUCUUGGCACCUCUCCGCCGCCGCAUUUGCGUCCCGGGGCCUCACCGCCCGUCAUACGACAUCCCCAGAUGCCUUUGCCGCUGCCCUUGAUAGCGCCCGGUGGUGGAUUGCCACAGAUUGGUGUGCACCCUGGCCAAUCGCCAUAUCCGCAUCCUUUGCUGCAUCCCUCGGUCUUCUACUCGCCGCAUCAUCACAAUCCCUUCAACUCGCCCUAUGGCUAUGCGCCCUACGGUCCUGGAUUCCCGGCCUACAUGAAACCUCCCCCGCCUGCAGGUCCGCUUGAUCCCGCCGCCGUCAUGGCCGCACAUCAUGCCGGACUGCAGGGUCCACCGCCGCAAUCGCGUCAGGAGGAGCAGCAGGUGGCUGCCGAGAAGCAUGCCGCAGCGGCGGCAGCAGCAGCAGCUGCUGCAGCGCAGCAGCAACAACAACAACAACAACAGCAACAGCACAAGACGCCGCAGCAACAACAACAGCAACAACAACAGCAGCAACAGCAACAACAACAGCCCGGUGGACCCCAGCAGAACAUAGCCACCAAAACGCCAAAGACCACACAAGGACAACGUGCUUUGGGCGGCCCGGGCACUCCCACAGGUUUGCCACCUGGCUCUUAUCCGGGUACGCAUAUACCCGGUUACCCGCCACCGCCGCACUCGUCACCCUUUGCACCUCAGGAUGGGCAGCCACAUGGUCUCAAGCCCACUUCGCACAUGGACGCGCUGCGUGCGCAUGCGCAUUCAGCCAACUCAGCGGGCUUGGGCGGACCACAUCAUUCCACAGAGCCGCUGCCCAUAGAAAUCGAGCCGGAUCCGGAGCCAGAGAUACCCAGUCCCACGCACAAUAUACCGCGCGGUCCCAGUCCCGAAGCCAAGCCCGACGACACCGAGUGCCAUCGCUCACAAUCGGCAAUCUUUGUGCGUCACAUUGACCGUGGAGAUUACAACUCUUGUACGCGUACUGAUCUGAUCUUCAAGCCCGUCGCGGACUCGAAACUAGCGCGUAAGCGUGAAGAACGCGAUCGCAAGCUGGCCGAAAAGGAACGCGAGCGACGUCAACAACAACAACAGCAGCAGCAGCAGCAACAGCAGCAGGCUGCGGCGGCACAGCAGGCAGCGCAGCAAGCAAAGCUCAAGGCUGAACUGAAACCGCCCUAUGCGGACACGCCCGCUUUGAGACAGCUCUCGGAAUAUGCGAGACCGCAUGUGGCCUUCAGUCCUGUUGAGCAGAUGGUGCCCUAUCAUCAUCCAAUGGGCCCCAUGUAUAGCAGAGAGAGAGAGUUGGAGGAGCUUAAAAACGCACAAGCGGCGGCAGCAAGUCAAUCUCGCAUAGAUCCACACUGGAUGGAAUACUAUAGACGCAGCAUACAUCCUUCACAAUUCCCGCUCUAUGCAAAUCCGGCUAUAUCACAAAUGGAGCGAGAAAGAUUAGGCAUACCGCCACCACAUCACGUGGGCAUGGAUCCAGGCGAACAUAUGAUACGAUUGACGAGAGAAUAUCAUGCACACUCUCAUACUCAUUUACAUUUGCCUUUGCAUCCACAGCCGCAACCACCGGAGGCCGGUUUCCAACUGCCACCGAAUGUUGGUCAAUAUCCGCGUCCAAAUAUGCUUAUACCUAGGGAGCCCCAUUCGGAUGUAUUACUGCGGAUGUCUUAUGCGGAUCAACUACAGGCCGCCGAGUUUCAACGUCAAUCGCUGCAUGAUCAAUAUUUCAGAAAUCAGUUGCGCUAGAUGCUGACUACCAAAACUCCCCCCUCAAACAGGAUGGCAUAUAAAAUCAAAAAGAACUACAAACACACCCAAGACGACGGUCGCAAUAAUUUAAGUAACGUUUUUAUAGUGUAUAGUGUUAAACAAUUUAAGCUUGCGUGAAUUGAAACAUUUUUAAGGUUUUCAAAUUGUAGAGGCACCAAAACUCUUUGAUAAAAACAACCACAACUUUAAUUAAAAAAAAACUACCACUAAGCUCGACUAUGAAUCAAAUAUAAAGCUAGACAAAACUUUGCUAUUACCGCAACGGAGCAAAACCAAAACGUUAAGCCCAAGCAAACAAACAAAAUUUAGCCUAAAUCAUAAAGCAAUUGGAUUUAGCUUGCAUUGUACAAAGUAAAACGGCAAACAAAAAACCAAGCAGCUAUAUAUAAAUUUAUUAAAAAAAUUGUACUUCCAACUACACAUACAUA